AUGCGUGCCGAACUGGAAGCCUACAUGAUGAAGGCUUAUGCGGUUACUUGUGCUUUACUGGCCAGCGCUUCGGCACACACAAUUUUCACCCAGCUACACGUCAAUGGCGUGGCGCAAGGACACACUAAGGGGAUUCGAGUGCCGACCUACGACGGACCAAUAACGGACGUUACAUCAAACGAUGUGAUCUGUAAUGGCGGCAUAAACCCCCACAGAACGCCUCUUCCCAAAGACAUCAUCAAUGUCAAAGCUGGAGACAAGCUCACUGCCGAGUGGCACCACACGCUCGAUUCCAAGCCCGAGACGGACAAGUCAGAUCCAAUUGACCCCGGUCAUCUGGGACCCAUCAUGGUCUACCUUGCCAGAGUCGAUGAUGCCUUGUCUACCAAAGUGACGGGACUCAAGUGGUUUAAGAUCUACGAGGAUGGUAUGGAUGCCAAUGGCGAGUGGGCCGUUACAAGACUGUAUAACAACAAGGGCCUGGUAGACUUUGUACUGCCGUCAUGCAUUCCCAGUGGACAGUACCUCCUUCGCGCAGAGCUCAUUGCUCUCCAUGCCGCCUCAAACUACCCCGGUGCUCAACUCUAUAUGGAGUGUGCUCAAAUCAAUGUGACAGGAGGUGGCAGUGCCAGUCCGGCGACUGUCAGCUUUCCAGGUGCAUACAAAGCGACUGACCCGGGGAUUAAGUUUCAACUGUACUGGCCGAUCCCGACCAGCUACACAAUUCCCGGUCCGAGACCAUUCACUUGCUCUGCCAAGAUCAGCCAUAUCGAAUAUGCACGACGAACCCAGACCAUGCGACCAGUUGUGAGCUCCAAUCCCCACCCCCUCCUCGCCCAAGUCCCCCUAACACUCUCGCCCUUCCUCUCCCUCCCCACAUCCGUCCCCCUGCCAUACUCCUACGUAACCCUCCCGUCGACGCUGCCUCCCUCGAUCCUCUCUCAGCAGCAGCAGCAACAACAAGACCCGUCCAACCCCAACGCCUCUGCGUCGAAACCAGCAUACGUCACCUCGUCAACAGGUACAUCAGCGCAUCCAGACCAGAUCCUCACGUCGUGUGUCGCGCUACAAGAGCACCUUGCCAAGCUAGAAGCGGACGCGCGGAGGACGUUGGCGGAGUGGGAGGAGAGGCGGCGGAAGGAGGAUCUCGCGGAGAAGAGGAGGGUUGCGCCUGGGUGGUUGGACAGUGGUGUGCACAUCAUUAAGCCGGGGGGACCUAGCGAUAAUAAUGAGUCGACCAAGGAAGAAAAGGUGCCGGAGCAGAACCUUAUGGAUCUAGAUCCGCAGGCGGAGCGCAAGGCACAAGAAGGCGAGGAGCUGGAUAGGGUGUUUGGCGGAUUACAGGUUUAA